AUGGAAGAAUACACUGUGUUAAAAGUACUUGGAGAGGGAUCCUUUGGGAGAGCUCUUUUAGUUUUUCAUAAGAGUAGUGACCAGAAAUAUGCAAUGAAGGAAAUAAGACUUCCCAAGUCUCCAUCUGAUGUACAGAGCUCUAGGAAGGAAGCUAUUCUGUUGGCUAAAAUGAAACACCCAAAUAUUGUUGCCUAUAAGGAAUCAUUUGAAGCUGAUGGACAUCUGUAUAUAGUGAUGGAGUACUGUGAUGAUGGAGAUCUAAUGCAAAAGAUUAAAUAUCAAAGAGGAAAGUUGUUUCCUGAAGAUACGGUACUUCACUGGUUUGUACAGAUGUGCUUGGGAGUGAAGCACAUUCAUGACAGACGUGUGUUGCAUAGAGAUAUCAAGUCCAAGAAUAUUUUUCUCACUCAAAAUGGAAAAGUAAAAUUGGGAGAUUUUGGAUCUGCACGUCUUCUUACAAAUCCAAUGGCAUAUGCUUGUACAUAUGUGGGAACUCCUUAUUACGUACCUCCAGAAAUAUGGGAAAACUUGCCAUACAACAACAAAAGUGAUAUAUGGUCCCUGGGAUGCAUUUUAUAUGAGCUCUGUACUCUUAAACAUCCGUUUCAAGCCAAUAGCUGGAAACAUCUCAUCCUUAAGAUAUGUAAAGGAUCCUACAAUCCACUUCCAUCUCAUUACUCCUACGAACUUCAUUAUUUAAUAAAACAGAUGUUUAAGAGAAAUCCCAAGAACCGUCCAUCGGCCAGUACUAUUCUUGCAAGAGGUUGCUUAGCAAAACUUAUCAAAAAUUGUUUGCCAGCAGAGAUGACAGCUGAGUUUGAACAAAUAUUAAAGGAGACAAAGACACACAAAGGUGAUUUAGGAAGAAUAAAAGCAGGUGCUGUCAGAACAGGUGGACGUUCUAAUAAUGGGCAAUGUGGAGAUCAAAGUAGUACAGGUACCAAUUCAGAACUGGAGAACAUUACCAAGCGCUUGAGUGAGAGGACACUGAAGCAAAAGGGCGCUGGUGAAGAGGUUUCAUCAGAAAACUGUGAAGUCCCCCCAAAGAAUGCAAAUUUGCCAAGUCCCCACAGAAGACAUUGGGAAAGGGGAGUGUCCAAUACAGUGGUAAAUGUCCUGGAAAAUGCAUCCUUACUUUAUUCCAGUUUUACAGCUGAGGAGGAUGAAAGUGGCUGUGUUAUAAAAUACAGUGAAGAUAAACCACGUAAGCAGUGGAUCAAAGAAACUCCUCACACCUUGAUGAAUAUUCUCAAGAAUGCUGAUAUCAGCUUAGCGUUUAAAACCUACACAAUCUAUAAACCAGCCUCUGAAGACUUAUUGAGAGGUCCACUUUCUGAGGAAACCAAAGUAUCUGAUGAAAUAGAUGGUGAAGGUGAAGCCAUUAUAAUGGAUUCUGAGAGGCUUGAACCAAGAUCUGAUGAAGAAGAUACGGACUUUGAAGAGGAAGAUGAUCCUGAUUGGGUAUCUGAAUUGAAGAUGAUGGCCAAAUACAGUGACUGA